UUUGUAUAACACGCACAGCGCAUGUUCACUUGGCCUCUUGAUAACAAACAAACAUCAGAUCAGCAUUUCUUGCAAAGCACUCACAACCUUCUUUGCUGUUGCCUUACAUCAAAUUCUGUCAAGAUGGGAAUGUUUAUAAGUAAAACCAUGGAUGACAAUAUGAAAAAACAACAAGAAUUUAUGGUUCAGAAUCAGAUAGUAAUGAUGGAGAGGCAGAUACAAAUGCAGAAUCAAAUGAGAGAAAGACAAAUGGCUAUGCAACUCGGUAGGAGUAGAGAUUUAUUUCUAUGGUAUUCAUCAUUUUAUACUGUGACCUUUGUUGGUUUACUGGCUGGUUAUAGGAAAAAGAAGAGUCCAGGAAUGAUUGUUCCAUUAGUGCCUUUGACAUUUAUACUGGCAUAUCAAUAUGACAUGAGCUAUGGAUCGAAGAUGCACAGAAUAAGAGCUGAAGCCGAUCGUAUUUUAGAUAUGGAGGCUAAUCUAAUUGAUCUUCCACACGGUCUACCAGCAUUUUCUGCCAUUGAAGCAGCUCGAUUAAAACAAAAAGAUGAUGAAAGACUAGGACAGUCUCAUGAUUUAUUUUUAUAGGCUGUUUAAUAAAUCUUUAUUAUUAUUAUGUUAUUAUAAUAUCACAGAGAACCUGCUAUAUAUUUACAAAUGGCUUGCUGCCUCUGGUGAUGAUUUAAAUAACAUUAUUUGAAUUUUUACUAAUGUGCAAACUUAUUUAAUUCUAGUUUUACUUGUUAGCAAGAUUGAGUGAAUUAUUAGAGUAUAGAUUGGGCAUUUAAUAGAUGAGUAUAUAAUGUCAAUGUUAUAGAAAUGUGUCAAGUUAAGUUUUUGGACCCAGGAACUUAUCCCCAAGUUCUACUCAUAUUCUCGUUCUUCUUUGAGGUGAUGCUCUUCGGAAAAUGUCUAAGACUCUGCCAAUAAUAAUAUAGGUAGGAUCAACAUAAAACUAAUGUCAAUCUCAUAGAAAUGUGUCAUGGUAAGUUUUUUGACCCAGGAACUUGAACCCAAGUGCUACUGAUCUUGUUCUUGUUCUUCUUCGGGGUGACGCUCUUUGGAAAAUGUCGAAGGCUCUGUCAAUUCAGGUUCGCUCAACAUGAAACUGUCAUCCAUGUUCCUUGGACAAUUGUGCAUAGAUUGACAGAUCUAGAUUUUUGAUUUGUCACAGAUCCAAGAUAGCGGCAAUAUUACAUCAUGCACUCAGCAAACAUCGACAGAUUCCGUUACUCUACAUCUAGCCUCGGCGGUUUGACGGUAAGUGAUAUGUACCUACGCCUUUACAAUUGCAAUGCGGAACCAGUUUACUUAUUAGGAAAACUUGCCGCUUUUUAAAAGAAGUUAUCAAAAUUGCGUCGUUCGAAGUAUGUUUAGAAUUUUCAGUGCAAAGUUGCCUUGUUGGAAGAAAAUCAGAUAAACUUGAAAGAAAAACAGAUUCCGACUUUAAAAUAUUUGUAUGAUAAAACAUUCUUCAAAGGUGUCGUCAUGGGCAGAGCCGUUGGUAAUCCGGGAACUUGAAAGUAGUUCCAUUGACUUCAUCAUACAGCCGAGGCUAGAUGUAGGGUACUGGAAUCAGCUGAGGUUUGCCAAGUGUGACAUCAUGCUAAGUUCCUGGUCCAUUUAGUAUUGCUGUAUUUGUUUGUUUAGAUUUUGAUGUGUUUCUACUGUUAAAAUUCCAUUAUAAUUGUUGUUAUAUUAACUAUAGAUCUAUUAUUUUUUUUUUAUUGCGACAUUGAAUCUAUAUAGUCCAUUAGUCAUAGUCAUUGUCUCAUUUAUUUAUAUUAAAAAUGAUUUCCACUAAUUAAUUAAACAUACAUUAUGCAAGAGCUAAAUCUUCCCAUUGCAGGUCUUUCUUUAGGGCUAAAAUGUUAUAUAAUUAGACAUUUAUUAAGAUAUUAACAUAAAAAGACCUUAAUCAACUCUCGAUGACAUCUUAUGUCUCUGAUUUUCAUUGGAUUUGAAGCAAUUUGACUGAAAUUUUCAGCAUAUUCCCCUUACACUAUCCUGUUUUUAACUUUUAUUGGGAGAACUGCCAGUUUUUUUAUCUAAUCUUCCAUAAUGUAUCGUUGCCUGGCAACCUAUCUUUAUAAAUCAACAGGACAUAAAAUAAAAACAUCUCAGGAAUUUUUUUUACUGCAGUCACAAAUUUAAAUUAUUCAAUUAACUUUACAAGACAGUGUUUGGUUGGAAGUCAAUCUGAUUAAAACCCCGAUCUUUACUACACUAGGAUCUGGCCCCACCAGGAUCUGGCCCCGAGUUAACGAAACAUUCUCAGACUUAAGUUAAGAAUUUACUCAAAAUUGUUCACCUUAUUUUAACUAAAAUAUAGCCCUUUAUAAUAAUUUUAUUGUUUGAAUGUAUCAGAUACAUCAAUAAGAAACUAUGUGCAAAGUUUUGUAUUUCUGCAUCAAAGAUAUUUGUCAUAAACAGUGAUUGAAAGUUGAGUAAAUUCUCAACUUAAGUCUGAGAAUACUUUGUUAACUCGGGGCCUGGACAUUCUGGAGGAGUUGUUAUAUAACCCGCGUUCUGGAUGAUGUGAGGGAUUAGCCAAUGAAACAGUCUAUUAGGUCGAGUUUUUGGCAUGAGUUGGACGGAACUGUGGGUAACCCACUAGAAACAUCAACGCUGAUCAUUUAAUCAAAUGUCUGACGUCAUAGGGUCCUCUGAUGCAACGUUCCACUUCAGCUGAUCAGAUCUUUAUGUAGUAGAGACCAUCGAAAGUAUAAGUAAAAGAAAACGAAAUAUAGAACUGUAUUUUAAUCAGAUUGGGUUGAAAGUGAAAUUGUAUGGUUGAAAAGUUUCUCACCAGUCUAUUGAUUUUCAUGUCAGAAUUUAUUUUAUUUUGAAAAAAUUGAAAUGUUAACUCCGUAUAUAUAUUUGUCUACUUUCCAACCUUGCCAUAAAUAUCUAUGUACAUUGUUUAUUUCUAAAGAUAGAAUGAAUAUUAAUUGUUAAUAUGAUUAUGCAUAAUAAAUUAGAAUUUCUUUUUCUUUUUGAGUAGAAAUGAAUUUUUUGUGUUAAAUAUCUCAUACAUAUCAAUUAUAUGAGGCCUGUAUUUCUCUAUUUAUACGAUAUUGUUUUACAUAAAUAUACUGUCUGUU